UUAAAAAUGAACAAUAGGAGGUAUAAAUCACCAAAAGUUACUCUAACCCAGCCUUCUGAAUUCUUAUCAAUGGCUAGAGACUAUAAAAGAGAAGGAAUAUCUUAGGUAAUCAGAGGAUUGCUAAGAAAAUUAUUACUCUUAAAGGUCAAGAGACAACCAUACCAAAUGUUGAUUAUUCAAAUGCUUUGAUAACUAAUGUUCCAGACAGGAUGAGUGAUCACUACAAUAGUGAUAAACCUUCGAAAUUUAGCCUUGAGAAUCAGAAUUUAAGGAAAAUUUAUUCAAAGACUGAAAUUGAUGGACAAGUUCCCAAAAAUAUGCAAGAAUUAAACACGAAGCUGAAGAAUUUCAGGCUUUUCUUAGAUGGACAAGAUUAUAUUAUAUCGCCAAAAGCAAGGACUAAAUAACAGGCAUAUAACGUUUUCACAUGAACUGAACAACCUCAUCAAGCUGAAAUAACCCGAAGAUGCAUAAAGAUUUUGAAUCCAACUGCAACAGCGUUCAUGCCACAAAUGUGUUCCUAAACGUGACCCAGAUAGCCAAAAAUGAUGGAGUCAAGCUUGAAGAGUUUAUUCCUAAAAAUAAGCUAUCUUCCCGUUUGAACGACUAUCUAUCACAAGAAAGAGAUAAAAUAAUCCCAAAUCAACAGAUAAUGAAUAAAUUAGGUCUUAAAAUGGAUUCUAAGAUUUUGAAAAGCAGCAAAUUAUACAAAAACAGGGGUAAUAAUUAUAAACCCAUCGGUAAGAAGGAGAUGAAGUUCAAAUCUGUCCAGCAAAGAAAGCAAUGCCUUGAGAGAAUUUUAAACACUCAGUUAAAGAAUAACCCAAAUAUCCGACUCGGCACUAAUCCUAGGCAGAAGAGUAUUUCAACUGAGAAUAGGGAUAACAGAAAUAUGACUCUAUAUAAUUUCUGAAAAUCUUCUGAUAAGAACUUUACCGAAAGUUUUCACACAGAAAGCAACCUUCACCCAAAGAAUUCAGGGAAGAUUAUUCAUGGUUCAAAUGUUAAAAGUAAAAAUACUGCAAAUCCUACUACAAGCUUGCAAUCUCCUUCUAUGAAUUAUAAAAAUGGGAAACCAAGAAAUGUCAAAAUGGAAGAAAAACUAAUGACACCAAUCCUUACUUUUGCACCACUGGAUCGCAACUGCUCUUUUUCUAUCAAUCAUCAUCUGAAAAGAUCUCAGUGUCAAGCUUCGGACAGAGAUUUGGUAAAACCUCAGUCCCUGGGGCAGUACUUGAAUAAUAUGGAUGGAAAAUUCCCAAAGGUUAGAUGGAAGAAUAGCCAAAAACUCAACAAUGAUCUCCAAAUGCACCUUACUUCUCAAGGAGUUAUCGAAAAGCCUCGAAAGUCUCAUAAAAAGAAUGCUUCUAAGCCACAUAAGAAGCCCCCUAGAAUGUUUAAGAUAAAAGUGACAACAUCUAACAAAAAUAAGCUGUUUAUCAAGGAUAAUUCUAAAGAUGUGCAUAGCAGAGAUAGAUGUUGGUCGCCCGAUAUGAAAUGUUGGAGUCAAGGUAGUGACACAAACUCUAGUUGAACUUUUGAGACGAAGAAGUUAUAGCCCUUAUGAAUUAGAUAGCCCAGACUUUUAAGAAAAUCCUUCAAUUUUU